GCCACUGUUGUUUAACCUAUAUACUGCAAGUUUGCACUGCUUGGGUGAUGAUAACAUAAAAGUCUUUCAGUUUGCUGAUGAUUUUGCGCUAUUAUGUAGCGGGAACAGUUAUUGUGAGGCAAUUGAUAGGUUAAAUUUUAAGUUAAAUGAAAUUAGAACCAUGCUUAAUAGCUUAAAUCUGAAUAUUAAUGUCAGUAAAACUAAAUUUCUAUUAAUGAAUUCAACUAGUAAUAAAACUUUUUCGCUUAGACUGGAUGGGACGGAAGUGCAGCAGGUAAAGAGUAUUAAAUGGUUGGGUAGGACCAUUUGUGCUAAUGCGUCAAUAAGUAAUCAUGUGGAUAAGGUAAAAAGCGCUGCAAGCUCAGGCAAAAAUCUGAUUAAGAAGCUUACGACUAUUAAGGGGGGGUUGGAACCCAAAGUGGCUAUCAACUUCUAUAAAGCCUUUAUUAGAAGUAAAGCUGAAUAUGCCAACACGACUUAUGCUAAUGCUCCUCGAGGGUUUAAUAAGAAACUGCAGGGUAUUUCAAAUGAUACGCUAAGGAGGUGUCUAGGGCUUCCACCAAGUUCUCCUAUUCAUGCGAGAUUUGCAUUGGCUGGUGAGCUGCCGCCUCUUAAAAGGGCGGAAUGGCUUGUGGCCAAGGAAUUAGGCAAGCAAUGGCUUGUGAAUGAAGAACUGAGGAAAGAUCUGAUGGGCGAGAGCUCUGUUAAAUCGAGCUACAGUUUUAUUUAUUCCAAGUUUCGACAUCUAUUUAACAAAAUUAAUGUAAAUGUUACUUUUAGUAGACAUACUAAUUUUCGUGUGGAGAGUUCUUCUUUGGGAAGGUCCAAGUGUGAGUUUAGUAAAGAGCAACUUAAUAGCAUAUUCAGAUAUAAAUUUAGCAAAUGGGCUGAGGAAGGAUGUUAUCUGUUGGCUACGGAUGCAUCAGUGGUGAAUAAUGUUGUAGGUUUGGCUUUUUAUGACCCUCAGGAGAAAAUUUCGGAAAUGUUUAAGCUGGAUGGGAAAUAUUCAUCCACGUUUGGAGAGUUAGUGGCGAUUAGACAAGCAGUUAGCUUUUUACUUAAAAAAAACAUAAACAGUGAGCUAAUACACUUUCUACACAAGUUUUUCUGUUUCAAGUUGUAAGCCACCACUCUUGGUCUUCGUGGGAUCUUCCCUUCGCUGGACCUGCCUGUGGAUAUACGCUUACGACAAAGACGAAUUAGAACUUGCUAAAGUUGUUUGGACAACCUGGCCCCUGAGGUUAAUAAGAUACCUGGCCAACGUUUUAAUGUCUGACGACAUUGCUAACUAAAAAAAAA